GAGAAUUGGACGAAUGAAAGGGAAAUGAAGCAGAGACCAACUGACCCCAUUUCUCUUGUAUAUAAGCGGAUCAGCGUCCCAUGCUGGACACAUUCUCAGCAUCAUGGGAAGUUCUAAGAGUUGGUUUGCUUGGGCAACUGUGAGUUGCCUCGUACUUUCUGUAUCUAGCCUCGGGGGAGGAGGAGGUGGAUACGGAGGAGGAUAUGGUGAGGCAGGCCACGGUAGCGGAGGAGGAUAUAGCGGUGGAGGUGGUGGGGGAUAUGGUGGUGGAGGUGGUAAAGGAGGCGACACUAUUUUUCUUGCCCUACCCAUUGAAUCUGUGAGUGGUGGACAUGGAGGAGCUGGAGGUGGAUAUGGAGGCUUCGGUGGAGGCAUUGGAGGAUUCAGUGGUGGUGGAAAGGGAGGAUUCGGUGGAGGUGGAGGAGGAUACGGUGGAGGAGGAAAAGGAGGAUUCGGAGGAGGUGCUGGAGGAUAUGGCGGAGGUGGAUACGGCGGUGGCGAAAAAGGAGGAUUUGGAGGAAGUGGAGGAGGAUAUGGCGGCGGAGGAUAUGCAGGAGGAAGCGGUGGAAAAGGACUGUCAUUAGGAGGCGGUGGAUAUGGUGGUGGUGGAUAUGGAGGUGGUGGAAAAGGAGGUAGCGGAGAAGUAGCCAUCGUCGGUAUUAGUUUAUCUCAACUUGGAGGAGGAGGUGGCCAUGGAGGUGGCGAUGCAGGAUAUGGAGGCGGAGGAUACGUAGGUAGCAGUGGAGGAGGAUAUGGGGGUGGAAAAGGAUCCGGAGGUGGUUAUGGAGGAGGAUCUGGUGGCGGUUAUGGAGGAGGAUCCGGUAGUGGUUAUGGAGGAGGAUCCGGUAGUGGUUAUGGAGGAGGAUCUGGAUUUGGAAAAGGAAGUGGUGGAGGAUAUGGAGGAGGCUCUGGAUUUGGUAAAGGUGGAGGUGGAGGAUACGGAGGGGGAGCUGGUGGAUAUGGAGGAGGAAAAGGUGGAUAUUAAUGAAGAGACAGAUAUCGUAAAGAAGACGAACUAGCAGUGAAUCUGUUUCACUAAAGGAAAAAAACACUUCUUCAGUUGUACACCGUACAGAGCCGAGACAACUUCGUCUAUCUCGUGAAUUGUAUAAAAUACCAGCCGCUCAUCUGGAUAUUCAAGAAUUGAAGAUAAAAUUAGCACCUCAAUUCUUUCAAUGUUAUUUAUUAGAAGCC